AAGACGGAAGUAGUAAUAGAAGAAGAACAACAACGACUAGAACUGUGACCUGGAAGUUCUUUCAUUUUGGCCGAAGAUAAAAUUGUCUGCCUAUUUUUCCUAUGAAGUCAGUCAGAGGACCCAAACCAUGAAACGAACUGUAGUUUGUGGCCUGAAAUAAGUCGUGCCGCACACCGAGAGACAGGAACCAUAGCAGUUAAGGAUUUAUCGGGUAGUCGAUGUAAACGGUUCCACUAAUCGCGUUCUGCCCUUUAAGAACCUUUGCUGUGCUAUUAGCACUGGGAGGCUAACUUCGCUUCAGCUGCCUAACGUUACCGAGCUGUUAUUGUGUUGGACUCGGCAGGGAUAUCCAUAAGGACAGGAGUUUCUCAGCUGGAGCAGAGGAAGACAGCAGGAGUUGCAGGGAUUCAAGCAUCCCUUUUCAUCAUCGGGCCCUGACAUGACAUCACAGCAGCCACAGCUUCCCAAUGCUGUUAUUCCUCCCCAGCUUGCCCAGAACUCGUCUGCUCAGCAGGCCCGGCCUCACAUUCAGGACAAUCAGCUGGACUCGAGUCAGAGCAGUGCAACUGCUGGGCCACUGGAUCCCAGAGCUCUGACUGGCAGGCCGGGCUCCUCUGCUGUGGCAGCAGCCAGCGGGGAGGUGGCCAACCGAAACGUCUCUGCCUCCUGCACCAACUCGAGCUUGUCCAGAAGAGAUGGGGGCUUUGAGCCGUGGCCUGAGGAAGCAGUGGACAACUCCCAUGGGCUGUACUCUCUUCACCGCAUGUUUGACAUAGUUGGAGCCCAGCUUACCCAUCGGGAUGUCAGGGUACUGUCAUUCCUGUUUGUUGACGUGAUUGAUGAGUAUGAGCGUGGCGGCAUCAGGAGUGGAAGGGAUUUCCUGCUGGCGCUAGAGCGCCAGGGUCGCUGUGAUGAGACUAACUUUCGACACGUUCUCCAGCUUUUAAGGAUUAUCACCCGCCAUGACCUAUUGCCUUAUGUCACACUCAGAAAACGGCAGGCUGUGUGCCCAGACCCUGUUGACAAGUAUUUGGAAGAGACAUCAGUGCGCUACAUUUCCCCAAGAGGAGCGGUGCGGAGCAAGGAGACGGCGCUUCACAGAAGAACAGGUCCUCACCCAGUCAUUUGCUGUUCUCCGUCAGGACCCCAUGUUGGCCCUCCCCGAACAAAGCCAGCUCCUCCUGUACCAAACCGCAAACGGAGAAGUCAUUCCUCAGCUGACUGCAGAGAGAAGCAAACAUGUGAUAUCCGCCUCCGGGUUCGUGCUGAGUACUGCCAGCAUGAGUCUGCGCUUCAGGGUAACGUCUUCUCCAACAAGCAAGAGGCAGUGGAGCGACAAUUUGAGCGCUUCAACCAGGCAAACACUAUCCUCAAAUCCAGAGACUUGGGCUCCAUCAUCUGUGACAUCAAGUUCUCUGAGCUCACCUACUUGGAUGCCUUCUGGAGGGACUACAUCAAUGGAUCACUGUUAGAGGCCCUUAAAGGGGUCUUCAUCACAGAUUCCUUAAAACAGGCUGUGGGCCAUGAAGCUAUAAAACUGUUGGUCAAUGUUGACGAGGAGGACUACCAGGCUGGUCGACGCAAACUGCUACGUAAUUUGGUCACAAAUGGAGGGAGUCCACCUGGGGACAGCAAAGACUCUGGAUCUUAGACGCUCUCUGGGUUGUAGCCUACGGGGGAAAUGCUGCCGGGCUUUCCCCACAGGAAACAGAGUGAGAUGUGGUUUGUGGUGCCUGAAGUGUGUGCCUGAAAGGAACUGAAGGACUUCCAGCCACUGCAUUAACUCCUAGAGAGCUAAGGCCAUAGGAUAGCUACUUGACACCCCUAAGCAUAGCAUGUGAGGUCAUUGGGAACUAUGUUAGCAAAAAGAAGAAGGGGUAUACAGGUUGACAUUAUUUUGAAUGUUAAGCUGUUUAUUUUCUUCGAGGAUAAUGCUGACAUUCGUGCAUUGAAUUUAACUAAUUCCUUGUUUCUGCUAUGUUUUCAUUGAAGCACUGAGCUCAUUGAAACACAUUGUUAUUCUAAAGAUAGAUGAUCUCAACAACCUGUUCAGAGUCCAGUUCUUUUCAAUACAACGAAGUUACUCCCAGUGGGAGUUGUACCUUACUGUCAAACUGGUUUUUCAGGUACAUUGCAGAUUGAUUGGAUAAACCCAAUGACAGAGUGUUCUGUAUGUUGUAUAAAGGCACAGACUGUAGGAGUUAAAAUUAGUUUUUUAUAUUUCUUUCAGCGUAUUAUCCUACUUUCCCAAGACUUUCCAGAAUUUCCUUGUCUGUAAAGAUGGACCCUUUCAGAGCCUUUUUUAUUGGCUCAUAUUUGUUCCCUGUCAACGUUGUGUCUUGGCUUUGUUUUAACAAAUUCUGUUUUCCAACAUGGCUUGUUACCAGCAGCUGGGAUUCUGGCCUAAUGUGAAAUUCCAAUUGUCCAGUCACUGCCAAUAUUUAACCGUUGGGAUCAUUCUAAUGGGUUUAAUACUAUCCAGUGAAACAUUAAGUCAUUCGCUGGUGGUUUAGAUUUGUUUGGAUUUGCAAAUUAGGGCCAGUUUCACUGUCAGCCUGGAACUCUGCUUACUCAUCGUCUCACUCAUGAUAUCACUGACAUUUUUUUAAAUUUGAAAUGACCCUUAAUAGCAAAUUAAUAACAGUUGAAAAUCAUAGCCAGUGUGUGUAGAGUUGUCUCAGUUGUGCAGGUAGGAAGAUGUCAGAACAAAUUUAAAUAAUUCACAGUUGGACUUGCACGUUAAAUCCUCAGCAGUCUCUCUGUGGACUUGAUACGCCUCCGGGUGAAUGAGGAUGUAGUUGAGUCCACAUGCUCACUGGUACAAUUACUUUAUCACCCUAUUGGACAUGUUAGACCAACUAGGCGUCCCGGUGUCCUCAGUUCCAUCCUCCAUCAUGGGGUGUGGCAUCUCCACAGACAUUCACAAACCAAACUGGGGUUCUUUUUAUGGAGGUUUUGGUACAGAAAAAAACUGUGUGGGUCAACAUAACAGUAAGGUAUAUCACAUGUUAGUCUUCUACAAUUAAAUGCGCAGAUCUAGAACAAUUAAAUGCUAAUAGUUGCAGAAUACCACUUUUCCAGUGUUGUCAGAAAUGCUAAUUAACCAAAAUGUAAAUUUAUAUUAAUUUCUUUUUGGUAUAUGGAAUGAGGUGGAUUAACAGAAGACAUUAGGUUUGGUGGGUGCCUGUGACAAACCCGUGUUGACAGUAAUACUGAUGAUAACUAAACUACAUUCAGUGUCCUCUUUAUUAGCCACACCUUUUUUAAAGAGGGGAUUGGAGAUGAUGGCCUCACAUGCGGUAGUUAAUGCAGAUUUUGUGGUUGCACAUUCGUGCUGCAAAUCUAGCUGUUGCGCCUCAGAUUACAGGAGCUGUACUCAGCUAAACAGGAUGCAGGAUUCCAACAAGGCUGGGGAUGUAAAACCACAACUGAUCUGUAAUCAUGUUUAGCUUCAGGAGAUCAGUCACUGGUCCACAUCCAACCCAUACAGCUUGUUAUUUUUGAGUAGCAACCUUCAACCUUUCCGUUUGUAAGCCAGAUAUAGAAAUCUUGCACAGUAAAAGUUCCUGACAUACCCAGACGAGAGUCUGCCAUUGUGUGCCCUGAGCCUCCUGUGGCCAACAGCUAGUUAUUCAUGUAUUAUUAGAUGUUGAUAAUAGAUGAUGCCAGUGAGAGCGUUACCUAAGUCAGUAACAGAUGCCACCCAUUUAGUGCAAUUUAUUCAUAGUUUUUCCUUUGCCAUUUGUUUUCUUCUCACAAUGGAAAAACAUCGCUGCCUGACCGUGCCAGUACAACGCCAACCUUCUCAGUUCCAGUUGCAUUUGUUUUGGUGGGCUUGUUUGUUCUGUAAUACUUUGUGGAUUAGAAAUACAGACUACUACCGCCGGCCUAUUUAUUUUACAAGUGCAGAACUUCCAUCUAUGAUAACGGCCAUCUGGCUGUAGGCUGGAGUUUAUGUUCUGUGUUUAAGUGCAACUAUUUGCAAAAAAAUUUGACCCAACAAAAAUGACAGUAUUAGACAAUCCUGCAAAAUCCUGGGUUAUGUUUGCGACAACAUCCUUCAAAUUCUUGCUUUCUACAAUAUCUGACCACAGCAACUAAUAUGGUGAGAGAACAAUCGUGGUUAUGUUAAAGAGGCAAAUGUCAACUGCAGGUCUGAUGGGAUGAGAGUCUCCUGUACCAAAGUCAGAAGACAUCUUGGCCAUCCACCACCCAAACCGCCACAGCCUUUCUUUUUUGAUUAGCGGCAUAAAGCACACACUACUUCCUGCAUUGGCGUUUGAUGUUCAUCGCUCGGUAGUAUCUGUCCAAUGUGGACAUCGUUCCUUGGGAUGCUGGACUAGAGGUGACACAGAUAGAAAGGGGGCAACAUAGUCACACACUUUUAAACUCCUCAAACUGUAGCUUUUAAAAAAAAACAAAAAAACAAAAAACGAAAUUGACAUGCUGAAAUGUCAUCACUGGUUUACCAGGACUGGUUAUGACUUAAUGCAAACUCAAAGUACCUUUGUUUGGAAAUGUUAAUAUCAGUGAUAAUAUAUCAGUAUGUCAAAGAUGAAGCGUAAUGCUGUUUUGUGGUGAGAUGAUUUUGUAACAGAGGUAGAUAAGAGACUAAAUGUAAGUAAAAUUUGUCAUUUGAAAUGCCAGUCUCUAAUGCUAAUAUUUGACAUGUUUCUGUUAUUCAGUGCACAUAGCCAAAUGGUUGACAUAAAAAAAAUCUGUGUACCCUUUUAAAAGUUCAGUGUAUGUUUUUACCAAAUAUAUUCUUCCUGCUAAAAACGCUUAUUUUUAAAAAUCUUAUCUCUGCUAUCAUAACAUCCAUGGGUACAUAUCAGAACACGCAGGUCAUGAUUAACAAGCCACUAUUACUGUGAAUUAAAUAGAGUAGGCCUACCAUUUUAUAUUUUUCCUCAUGUGGAAUUUAUGUUGGUUGCAAGUUGGUAUCUAUUAUAUAGGUUGGUGUAUGUUAUGUUGAUUGUAUGUUAUGUUAUCAUAUACAGCUGUCUUUUACACAAAACUGCAUGUAAGCUGUUAUCUCCAGAAAUGUCAUAGAAACUCACAGUGCUAACCUUUUGUAAAUAACUUUAUUGGAUGUCAGGUUUUCUUACUUCAAUUUUGCAUUUCUUUCAGGAAACAGACACGUAGGACUGUUAAUAAAUGAAAUGGAUGGGGUUUGUUGAA